UACCGGAAAAACGGUUGUUAUUAGCCCACUGAGUGCGACAGUAGCAUCCGCAGCUCGUGAGCAGGAUUUAAAAACAAAACACACGUAAACACAUUUAAACAUCUUUAGUCUGUUGCUGAUUCCGGAAGCUGCAACUUCACCUUUUAAUCACAUUCAGCAACAGGAGCAGCUCGUCCAGCCGCCGUCAUGGGGGAAGUGGAGCUGUCCUGUCGGGCCUACGUGAAGAUGUUCCUGCACGCGUCCCUGUUCCCACGGUGCAGCAUCAACGGGCUGCUGCUGUCGUCCAGCUCGCCAGGGGGCGCUGUGUGCGUGACGGACUGCGUGCCGCUGCUGCACGCGCACCUGCCCCUGGCCCCCAUCACCCAGCUGGCCCUCACACAGGUGGACGUGUGGUGUUCACAGACGCAGCAGAGGAUUGUGGGAUACUAUCAAGCCAACGCAUGUGUGACAGACAGCAGCCCGACGCCGUGUGCAAUGAAGAUCGCCGAUAAGAUCGCUGAGCAGUUUGAUAAUGCUGUUCUGUUAAUGCUCGACAGUAGUAAGAUGUCUGCAGACUACCGGGUUCCUCCCAUCGUGAUGUAUGAGCGCAAAGACUCCAGAUGGCUGCUCAAAGACAAACACACGAUAAUGCUGCGGCAGUGGGAGGAGACUCGGGCGAUCGCCGGUCAGAUGCUGGAGUCGGGCGACCACAUGCAGCUGGUGGACUUCGACAGUCACCUGGAUGACAUCACGAAGGACUGGACCAAUCAGAAACUGAACACCAAGAUCGCAGAGCUGGCGUCGCCGGCCAACGGGAACAUCUAGAACUGUAGCAGCCGUUUUUACCAGAGUGCGGAUUUAUUUAUGAUCUGACCCGUCGGCCUCUUUAUUUACAAAUGUGAUUUUCCUUUUCUUUUCUUUUUUUUAUAACCUGAAAAAACAGCACAUGUUCAACACCAGAGUUUAGGAAGACGUUUAUUUGUAAUGCUUUUUGUCAACUGAACAAAGACAUGACAUAGAACAAGCUUAAGUAAGAAAAUGUUCAUAGAUCGAUAGAUGAUCUGUGUGUAAUCCUUCUCCCCCCCCCCCUCCCUCCUGUCAGACUGUGCCUUGUGGUCCAGACCUGCUGAUCUGAAGGAGAAAUCCACAUUUAACACUGUUACGCAACAACUGAGGCAUUUCUCUCUCUCUCCCUUCGCUCUUUGGCCAUUUGAUUCCUUUACUAUUGCUAUUCCCACAGAUAUGAACAUGAAGCGGCAGAGCUGGACAGAAUAUGAGAAACACGUUACAGUAAUAAAGUCCUGCAGCGA